AUGAAGUGGGGCCGUAAACUAUCCAGGUAUAUAUGUAAGCACACGGUUGGUUGUUUUCCGGUGUCUUUGUAUGUGGAGGACAUUAAAGCCUUUGAUCCUAAUGAGGCCUACGUUUCUGACUAUUUUAAUGCUGUUUUUAUGGUAUAUGUGAUUGAUGCGAUUGAUCCCCGUCAAAGGCAAUUGGUGUGUGUUGUGCUAGACAGUUUAUCUACAGAACUCCAGAACACAAACCGGACAAAGGUUGGCGAUCUUGGAUUGUCCAAGGCAAAACAACAUACUUUAGUUUCUGGAGGUAUUCGGGGGACAUUACCAUGGAUGACCUGGGUUCAAUUUCACUUUGUAAAAUGA